AUGCAAAAAGGAGAGGAGGAAGUAGAUAGAGGAGAGAAGGAGAGGAGGAUGAACAUAAAUGAGAACCCCUGUAACCCCCCUUAUCCUCUCCUCAGACCCCAGUACCCCCUCUUAUCUCCUCCUCAGACCCCCACCUACCCCCCAGUACCCCCCUUAUCUCCUCCUCAGACCCCCACCUACCCCCAGUACCCCCCUUAUCUCUUCCUCACACCCCCACCUAACCCCCAACCACAGCACCUCUCCUUAUCCCCUCCUCAGACCACAGCACCUCUCCUUAUCCCCUCCUCAGACCCCAGUACCCCUCCUUAUCCCCUCCUCAGACCCCAGUACCCCUCCUUAUCCUCUCCCCAGACCCCAGUACCUCUCCUUAUCCCCUCCUCAGACCCCAGUACCCCUCCUUAUCCUCUCCUCAGACCCCAGUACCCCUCCUUAUCCCCUCCUCAGACCCCAGUACCCCUCCUUAUCCCCUCCUCAGACCCCAGUACCCCUCCUUAUCCCCUCCUCAGACCCCAGUACCCCUCCUUAUCCCCUCCUCAGACCCCAGCACCUCUCCUUAUCCCCUCCUCAGACCCCAGCACCUCUCCUUAUCCCCUCCUCAGACCCCAGUACCCCUCCUUAUCCCCUCCUCAGACCCCAGUACCCCUCCUUAUCCUCUCCUCAGACCCCAGUACCUCUCCUUAUCCUCUCCUCAUCUUCUCCUCAGACCCCAGCACCUCUCCUUAUCCUCUCCUCAGACCCCAGCACCUCUCCUUAUCCUCUCCUCAGACCACAGCACCUCUCCUUAUCCCCUCCUCAGACCCCAGUACCCCUUCUUAUCCUCUCCUCAUCUUCUCCUCAGACCCCAGCACCUCUCCUUAUCCUCUCCUCAGACCCCAGCACCUCUCCUUAUCCUCUCCUCAGACCACAGCACCUCUCCUUAUCCCCUCCUCAGACCCCAGUACCCCUUCUUAUCCUCUCCUCAUCUUCUCCUCAGACCCCAGCACCUCUCCUUAUCCUCUCCUCAUCUUCUCCUCAGAACCCAGCACCUCUCCUUAUCCUCUCCUCAGACCCCAGUACUCCUCCUUAUCCUCUCCUCAGACCCCAGUACCCCUCCUUAUCCCCUCCUCAGACCCCAGUACCCCUCCUUAUCCCCUCCUCAGACCCCAGUACCCCUCCUUAUCCCCUCCUCAGACCCCAGCACCUCUCCUUAUCCCCUCCUCAGACCCCAGCACCUCUCCUUAUCCCCUCCUCAGACCCCAGUACCCCUCCUUAUCCCCUCCUCAGACCCCAGUACCCCUCCUUAUCCUCUCCUCAGACCCCAGUACCUCUCCUUAUCCUCUCCUCAGACCACAGCACCUCUCCUUAUCCCCUCCUCAGACCCCAGUACCCCUUCUUAUCCUCUCCUCAUCUUCUCCUCAGACCCCAGCACCUCUCCUUAUCCUCUCCUCAGACCCCAGCACCUCUCCUUAUCCUCUCCUCAGACCACAGCACCUCUCCUUAUCCCCUCCUCAGACCCCAGUACCCCUUCUUAUCCUCUCCUCAUCUUCUCCUCAGACCCCAGCACCUCUCCUUAUCCUCUCCUCAGACCCCAGCACCUCUCCUUAUCCUCUCCUCAUCUUCUCCUCAGAACCCAGCACCUCUCCUUAUCCUCUCCUCAGACCCCAGCACCUCUCUUUAUCCCCUCCUCAGACCCCAGUACUCCUCCUUAUCCCCUCCUCAGACCUCAGUACUCCUCCUUAUCCUCUCCUCAGACCAAAGUACCUCUCCUUAUCCUCUCCCCAGACCCCAGUACCACUCCUUAUCCUCUCCUCAGACCCCAGCACCUCUCCUUAUCCCCUCCUCAGACCCCAGUACCACUCCUUAUCCUCUCCUCAGACCCCAGCACCUCUCCUUAUCCCCUCCUCAGACCCCAGUACCCCUCCUUAUCCUCUCCUCAGACCCCAGCACCUCUCCUUAUCCUCUCCUCAUCUUCUCCUCAGACCCCAGUACAUCUCCUUAUCCUCUCCUCAGACUCCAGCACCUCUCCUUAUCCUCUCCUCAGACCCCAGUACCCCUCCUUAUCCUCUCCUCAGACCCCAGUACCCCUCCUUAUCCUCUCCUCAGACCCCAGUACUCCUCCUUAUCCUCUACUCAGAACAAAGUACCUCUCCUUAUCCUCUCCCCAGACCCCAGUACCCCUCCUUAUCCUCUCCUCAGACCCCAGUAAUCCUCCUUAUCUUCUCCCCAGACCCCAGUACCUCUCCUUAUCCUCUCCCCAGACCCCAGCACCUCUCCUUAUCCUCUCCUCAGACCCCAGUACCUCUCUUUAUCCCCUCCUCAGACCCCAGUACCCCUUCUUAUCCUCUCCUCAUCUUCUCCUCAGACCCCAGUAAUCCUCCUUAUCCUCUCCCCAGACCCCAGUACCUCUCCUUAUCCUCUCCCCAGACCCCAGUACCUCUCCUUAUCCUCUCCUCAGACGCCAGUACUCCUCCUUAUCCCCUCCUCAGAUGCCAGUACUCCUCCUUAUCCUCUCCUCAGACCCCUAGUACCCCUCCUUAUCCUCUCCACAGAUCCCAGUACCCCCUUAUCCUCUCCUCGGACCCCAGUAACCCCCCCCAUCCGCUUCUCAGACCCCAGUGCCCCACCCCCAACCCAUGA